UUUUCUGAAUCCCAUGAAAAAGAGCACUUAUUGCGGGACUUGCACUAUAGAUGCAUCGAGGAGAUAUGCGUACAUAUGCUACAUGUGGCACACUCAGUAUGCAUCUUAGCAUAGUGGAGUUGAACUCUGCUUCUGUUGGAACUGUGUACACGACGAACUUCCUACUUGUGUCUAUGGUCUUUCUAGCGGUUGCUGGCCAAUGUGCAUGUGAUAGCUCUUGCAUAUAGGCCGAUGCGAGUCACAAGGUGAAAGCAAUGCUAUCAUUCUGCAAGUGGCGAAUUCACUGGUGAUGCCCCAACUACAAGAGAUGGAGGUGAGCUUGCAGCUUCAUGCUUUCCGGAAAAACAUAGGAAAGAGAAGCAGAUGGUCAUGGCCCAUGCCAAUGGUCUUCACCGUUCCUGUAAAAUUAGCUGCAAGUUUCUUUUUGCUUCUUUCUCGUACCUGUUAUCUCUUUACUUCGUGCCAUUUCAGAAUCAUAUGCCGCCCUUGUCACACCGCGGCCGCGUCUUGCUGCAGUUCCUUCUCCCUGUCGUUAAGGGUAUGGAGAACGGAUUAAAUCUCGUUCACCCAUCAUUCCAUUCGAUCGUUUGUGCUAUGUAGUGACAUGGAUUCCCUGCGACAGUGUCACGCCUCUCUCAUCACCUCUGGUCUAGACGAGAGUCUCCACCUUCAGACAAAAUUGGUGGCCAUGUAUUCUCUGCUUAGAAGUUUUGACGAUGGACUAAUAGUAUUUGAUCACAUUAAGAAUCCAGAUUCCUUCUCGUGGAAGGUGUUGAUCCAAGGCUGUGCUAGAAAUCAGUUGUGUUCAGACGUUCAUUGGUUUUAUGGGUGCAUGAGACGAUCAUCUCAAGACCACGACAAGGUUGUCUUCUCAAUGGCCUUGAAGGCAUGUGUACAAUUGCGAUUUUUGGAUGAAGGAAAGCAGACUGAUUGUGAUAUUGAUAAAGUUGGUGGUUUUGACGAUGUUGUCGCCGUGGGACUAAUCAACCUGUAUUCCGAAUGUGGGACAUGUGCGACGCUCAGAAAAUGUUUGUUGAAAUGCCUGAAAGAAAUGUGGUUGCAUGGACCUCGACAAUUGUUGGUUACAUGCACAAAGGAUUGUUAAGCGAAACUUUGAAACUCGUCAAUCAAAUGCUAAGGGAGGUGAAGCCCAAUCAGUUCACUAUGGCAAGUUUGCUCUCAGCAUGUUGUCAGCUGGACUUCUUACAGCGAGGGAAAUGGGUCCACUCUUAUUUGAUCAAGACAGGACUAUAUCUGAACUCUUUCGUUGCAACUGCACUUAUGGAUUUGUACACAAAAUGUGGCAAUAUUUCUGAUGCUGCCUUGAUCUUUGAACAAUUUCCUUAUGCUGAUGUUGUCUCAUGGACAUCCAUGAUUGUUGGUUAUACAUAGAGAGGCUUGGCUAUUGAAGCAUUGAAGAUUUUCUUGAGGAUGCGACGGACGGGACUACUCCCCAAUGAGAUAACAAUGGCUAGCGUCCUUUCUGCUUCUGCUCAAAGAGGUUCUCCAGUGGAAGGGCAGUCAAUCCAUGCACUUGUGAUUUUACUUGGCAUGGAUAGAUUAAGUGAGGUGAAUAAUUCUCUUGUUGAUAUAUAUGCAAAAUGCCACAUGACUACGGAUGCCUUUUGUGUAUUUGAGAGAAUUUUUCCUAAAGAUUUAAAUUCAUGGAGCACAAUGAUCAAUGGGUUUUCUCAAAACAGGCUUGGGAUUGAAGCUUUGUGCCUCUUCCAUCGAAUGAGGUUGACACAAGUUUCACCAGAUGCCUUCACAUGUGUUGUUGUCCUCUCAGCUUGUUCUUCGUUAGGAGCCCCGGAAACAGGCACCUCAUUGCAUGGUUAUGCAGUCAAGGCUGGUAUCCUGUCAAAUGUAUAUGUGGGUACUGCUCUCCUCAAUCUGUAUGCAAAGUGUGGGAGUGCAUGUAUGGCCAAGAAGGUAUUUGAUGAGAUGGAUGAGAAGAACAUCACAACAUGGAGUGCAAUGGUGGGUGGUUAUGGGAUGCAUGGUGAUGCUAAAAAUUCUCUUACUCUUCUCCAAGAUAUGUUGAAGAAGGGUGUGCAGCCCAAUGAUGUAACCUAUACUAGCAAUCUUUCUACAUGUAGUCAUGCAGGGAUGGUAAGUGAAGGAUGCAUCUUGAUGACAUUUGCAAUGGUAGUUAUACCCUGCCAUCUAUGAGGCAUUAUGUGUGCACGAUUGAUAUGUUAGGCCGAGCAGGAAGGCUUGAUGAAGCAGUGGAGUUCAUAAGGAAGAUGCCUCUGGAGCCAGAUGCUAGUAUUUGGGGUGCACUUUUUCAUGCUUGCAAAAUUCAUUCAACCAUUGACCUUGGGGAGAAGGCAGCAAAUAUACUGUUGGAUUUACAACUUGAGACGGGAUACUACGUGUUGAUGUCAAACAUGUAUGCGGAAGCCGGGAGGUGGGAAGAUGCAGCUACCAUACGAGCCUUAACGAAGGAAAGGAGGAUGGAAAGAUCACCAGGUUCCAGCAUUUAAGAUACAAGAAACUUUGUUGCUUCACUGAAAACAUUGUGAAUUCUGAAGGCCUUGUUAAGGCAUUUUGUAUGUAAUUAUUUUUUUUGGGGCUCUUGAUCACAAAUGUUUCACUUAUCAAAGGCUAGUUUAGAGGGAGAGAGGAUGUACAUCACAUACAUAUAGACGUGUUUUUUCCUUAUGACUGCCAAGUUGGAGUUCGUUGGUUGUAAAUUGUGCAACUCCACAUCUUCAUCCACAUCUGUGCAAGUGGAAGGACCAUGUGUUCUGAAGAGAAAACAAUAUUCAUGGCAUGAAACAAUAUCCAUUGUA